AUGUCCGAAAUACGAAGGAGAAGAGGCGUUGCUCCGACAGCAGAAGCAACCAUGGAGAAUCCCAAAGACUUUUCGGGUGACGACGAUCAUGCUGACCUGCCAAUAACCGAUGAAACAGAUGGUGAUACCAACUUUGCCAUGAGCGGUGCUCAGGUGGCCAAGGAUGAGUCUCGAGCACGAAAGGUUGCCACACGCAUCCUCUCCGGGCUUGUCAUGAUUUCCAUCUUCUCCUUGUGCGUCUACAGUGGACAUCUCUACCUUUGUUUGAUGGUCUCGUUUUGCGAAGUAUUGCUCUUUCGAGAGCUCGUCAAGGUGCGGUACAGUGCCUACUUUGAUAAGAUUCAAAACACGAUUCCGCUCUUUCGAACGACGCAAUGGAUGUGGUUCUUUCUGGCAAUCUUUUACACUUAUGCUGAUUUCAUAUCCGAUACGAUCCAAAACAAUUCGCACCUGCAUCAUUUCUGGCCCUUUUCCAAAUAUUUUCCACCUCUGGCGUUCUGCAUGUAUUCUGUCACCUUUGUGUUGACGAUAGCUACGUUGCAGGUGGGGCACAUUCGAUUUCAGCUCAACCAACUUUGUUGGACGAUUCUUGUGAUUUGUAUGACAGUGGGGCAGCUCAAAUACAUUAUGCACAAUAUUUUCAAUGGGUUGUUCUGGUUUGUCUUUCCGAUCCUUUUGGUGAUUGUCAACGACAUUAUGGCCUAUGUUUUUGGCCGAACCUGUGGAAAGAAAUUCAUUCGUCGAUCAUUUAUUCCAUUUAGUCCCAAUAAGACUUGGGAAGGGUUCAUUGGAGGUGGAAUCUGUACGGUGGCAAUAUCAUGGUACUUGUCUCGAGCCUUGGCAGAAUUACCAUGGAUGGUUUGUCCUGCCAAUGAGUUUCGUUGGUAUCCAGAGUCAUUAGAUUGUACACCACACCACAUCUUUCAAAAGGCACAAUCCAUCAUUCCAGCUCAAUUGUUUGAAGUCCUUCCACAAAAUUUGGUCAAGUUGAUUCCAGGAAUUGUCGAAUACUGCACUACUGCUACAGAAGGAGAAAUCACUCGCUGCGUCUCUGGAGAACCAACCCAAUCCUUUCAUCAUUUUGAAUUGAUUCUCCGCAAUGUUUAUCCGAUUCAGAUUCAUGCACUCUGGAUUGGGACCUUUGCCAGCUGCGUCGCCCCCUUUGGAGGGUUCCUAGCGUCGGCCAUUAAACGUGCCUAUGGACUCAAAGAUUUUGAUUCGGUCAUUCCUGGACAUGGUGGUUUGACGGAUCGAUUCGAUUGCCAAUUCCUAAUGGCACUUUACACAUGGGUCCACUACAAUACCUUUGUUCGCAUGGCCACCGUCAGUGCCCCCAAGGUAUUUUACAUGUAUUCGAUGCUGAGCGACGAUGAGAAACGAGUCUUUUUGGACGCCAUUGCCAAAGAGACGGGUCGGACAGUCAGAAAUAUCAUUGGCAAGUAG